AAUAAUUAAAGCGAGGAGUUUUCUCCCGUUCGAGUUCUUCCAUCCGGGCACUUGACAAGGUUAGAGUCUCCUUGCUAAGUAGAGUUUCAGAGAAGAUGGAGAAACCAACAUUUCAGCAAAAAUUGAAAUCUUUAGGAUUAUUUCUCUGGAAUGGGGAGACAAAAGAAUUUUUAGGCAGGGGUGGAAGAAGCUGGGCCGAAAUCAGUCUUUUCUACCUGGUAUAUUAUGCUUGUCUUGCUGGAUUCUUUGCUGCAACUAUUGCUGUUUUCUAUGAAACUAUUGACAUAGAUAACCCAAGGUUACAAGGAGACAGCAGUUUGUUGAAAGGAAAUCCAGGUAUGGGUUUCCAGCCUAUGCCAGAUAUUGACACUACACUAAUAUAUGCAAGAUCAAGUCCAGAAGCUAAUGAAGAGUAUGUUAAGAGCAUUUCUAAAGUGUUAAAAGAAUAUAAAAAAAUUUUGGAUAAUGUUGACUGCACUGGUGUGAACCAGCCUAGACCAGAUGAAAACAUUGCUUGUAGAGUCAAUUAUUCUGCACUAACUGAACACUGUAAUGAAGAAAAUCGAUAUGGCAUGGCUGAGGGAAAACCGUGUAUACUUUUGAAACUAAACAAGAUUUAUGGAUGGAUCCCAAAUAUGUGGACUGUGGAUGAGGCAGUGGAAAGCAGUCGAGUUCCACAAAGCAUUAAAGAAAAUUACGCUCCGGACCGAAUUUGGGUACACUGCCAUGGAGAGAACCCUGGUGAUAAUGACAAUAUGGGAGCAACUAAAGAUAUUGUGUACUACCCUCAACAAGGCUUUCCUCUGGCUUUUUAUCCUUACAAAAAACAAAGGGACUACAGAUCACCUCUUGUUUUUGUCAAGUUCAAUGCAGUGGUUCAUCAUGUUGGGAUUAUGAUUGAAUGCACAGCUUUGGCUAAAAACAUCAAUGUUGACAGGUCAGAGAAAGAAGGCAGUGUGCACUUCGAGCUUUUAGUGGAGCCAUAGUAGUGGUCUCUUUUACCCAGUGUCGUUGUUUUUUUUUACUUUCACUUAAUUUUAAUCUCUCUCGCUGCCGUGUAUGUUAUUUUCUUUAGAAAUUAAUUUCCGCUGUUUUUUUUUAAAAACUAUUUACUUAAAUAACUGAUGUUAUUUAUUAAGUUGGUGCACUUAUUUUUACAAAUACCAUUUAAUAUGGCAUCCAGGAACCUAAAUUAUUUUAAAACCUGAUUUCCACAAAACGUAAAAAUAUUAUCAAAAACCUGAAAUUUAUUUUCUUAGUGUUGUUGUGUGGUAAUGUUCUGUUUCAUUUGAAGUAUGUACAUUCUUUUGUUAGUUUCAGAUUUGUGCUUGUUUGAUGUCUUGUUUUUGUUACUUUUGUCGAGAAUAACCCUUCGCUUAACUACACAGUGUAGUUAAAGAGGGAAAAUCAUCUUCCAAUAAGUAAAUAAUUUUGUAUAAACAUGUUUUCUGUCUGUUAGAAUUUGUUUUACAUUUUAUUUGUACAUGAUUUUGUAAGAAUGUUAUCCAACUGUUAUACUUGAAUGGGAUUAAAAUACUGUAUCUAUAAGCUGUAUAAGCUAAUAGUAAACAAGGAAUCUCAGAGCGCUUUGAAUAAAACUGUACCUGUGGUCUACGUAUUUCAAUAGAUAUUAAUAAAUUAGUUCAUUUUACAUGUUACUAAAGUUGCACAUUUUCUAGAAUUAGUUGCCUCUUCAAUACUUUUUUAUAUAUAAUGUUAUGCGCUCUAAUCUUAGUGUAUGUAUUAUUUUUUUACAUAUUGCAAUGAAUUUUAAAAAUAGAAAAGAGAAUGAAUUGUGAUGGUCUGGUUGUGAAGUCUGAGCAUCGAUAAUUUUACUUACCAAUAAAAUUGUUUUAAUAAUUAAAGCAUAACAUUCCCUUAUUUAUUGUAUCUUUUUGUUUGGGAGAUUUUCAUUCAGAAAUUGUACUUAAAGCCAACGGUAGCUACUAUUAGGUAACCAGUUUUAUUUUUCCUAGACAGCUCUUUAUUUUUUAAGUUCUAAACAUCUUAUUGUUCUUGAUUCUCGCAUUUCUUGUUACUUGUAACUAGGCAUAGUUCACCUCUUGAAAGGGCUAUUAGCAUAAUCUACAAGUAUUAAUCAGAUUUAUGUCAGGCUUAUGUUUCUCUAAUAUAUCCAUGAAUAGAUUUUAACUACUAUCUUUUAUUAUAUAUUUAAAAAACUGAUAAAUUUAUUUUUUAUUAUUUCAAGAUCUUAUAUAUAUAUAUGCAUCUUUUUUUUUUAUUUAAUAUUUUUCCGUUAAAUAUGUUUUUUUUUUUUUGUUGCUUAUUUAAAGUAAUGUUUUACGAAUUUGUUUGAGAAGUCUAGCAUAAGAAGGCAUUAAUUUGAUGAUUCAUCUGUACAUUACCAUCUCCAGUUUUGUAGAUGUUGAACCAUUUAUCCUAGAGUUAAAUGUUGUUUUGUUUCUAUGAUUAAGCAUGUCAAGUGACACGGAUGUACUUGUUUAAAUCAUUUAGUUGCAUUUGAAAAAUUGAUGAUUGGAAUAAGCACCAAGGAAAAUGGUCCAGUCUAUUUUUUUAUAUACAUUUAUUUUUAAUUUAAAGGUCAUACUCUAUGCACAUGUGCCAUUUCAUAGUUUAAAACAAUGCUUUUUUUUUAAAAACAAAAAAAUAAUAAAAGCAUAGGUUAACUAAGUGAGCAAGUUGUUGUUCUAUGUGAUAAAUAUUUUACUCACCAGGUCUAUGUACAUUAGUUGGCAGAUAUCUCACAGAUAUUUUUUAUAUGUCAAUAUUUAAUUUAUUGAUAGUAACUUUUUUUUUUACAUAACCUGGAAAUAAUUUUUAACUACCCCAAAAUGCUACAGCUCUAAAGCUUUUUAACCUGAUUUUUUUCUUUUAAAUUCUCAAAUUAAUUUUUUAAAUUUGAUAUUUUUCAAAGAAAUUUUCUCUUCCUGGCUUCAAAAAAUAAAAUUUCUAGUCUUUUUCCCCAAUUUUUCCAGUGUUCUUUUGUGUGUUCAUCAAUUUAAGCUUUAAGUCAUUAGCAUAAAAUUUCAAAUGUUUCUGAAGUUAUUAAUGUUAAAUUAGUCCCAUUUUUUUUAAAGUAUUAUACUUACAUAUUAUACACACUCACUGAAAGAGAACAUCACAAUAAUCUAUAAAAAAGCAAAUAACCUGUUAAGUGUGUUGACUAGAUGUUACAACUAUGCUGAAUCACCGCUGAGGCACAGAGACCAAGGACGUCCAUUCCUAGUCAAUGUGCCACCAGCCAUAUAUUGUUCACUGCAAUUUUUAUCAUUACAAAAUUGUAAUUUUUUUAAAUGUGCUAGUUUGUGUUCUAGUGACAGUAAAAUAGUCUUCAGUUUUUAAAAUGGGACACUUUGUUACUACAGCUAAACCAGUGGUUUGUUUUUUAAAAAGAAAUUUUUUAUUGUGUGCUGAGUUUACCUCUAAUCUUAAAGUAAAAUGGGGAUAUUUAGUACCAUUAAUAAUGGUUUCGGUUUAGUCAGUGUUGAAAUAAAA